AUGGCUGGCCCGUCGUCCGAGCCGAACCAGACGCCCAUCUCCACGACGACGGCCACGCCCCCCGCGACGACCUCGUCCAAGCAGCCGACGUACACGACGGCUGGCACGCUCUACAAUCCGAGCUCGACGCAGCCGCUUCAAGCUCCCGCUCGUCGUGGUCGCUCCGCAAAGUGGAACGGCCUCGCCAACGCCGACCUUUGCCUCUUCCCCAAGGCGAGCCUCGCCGGCUUGACGAUGAAGGCGGCCGCCGGCGCACGCCUGGCUGCCAUUCAACAGUACACCCCCCUCCAGCAAAACUACGAUCGUGCCGUCAGCCCACUUAGUGACCAGGACCAGGCGGCGGCGCCCGACGUGCUGCCGCCUCAGACGCUUCAGGUGCGGUCCGGCAACACGCCCACGUCCACGCCCACACCCACACCCGCGCCCGCGCCCGCGCCCCGGCCGCUCGCCCUUCCGAACUUGGCCGACGAAACGGAGCCGGUCAAGGGCCAGUCUGCCCAGUCUGCCCUGGGCCCCGGAUCGGACCCCGAGAGCGAUGAUGGAGCCGACGAAGAAGAGGACGACCAGGACACCCUUCCUAACCUGUGGUCGAUGGGCCUCAGCUUCAAGUCCAUCAGCAACCUGGCCUCGUACCCCAACCCGACGCAAAAGUCUGCUCAGAAGCUGUGCAGCGCCGUGGCCAGAACAACGCUGGCCGCGGGCAGGGCACCCGUCGGUCACGCCUCAUCCCCCGUCUCCCUUGCUCCACAGCCGGACCGUGGAUCGGACACGAGCAACGUGCCGCCGAGCUUGCUGCGUAUCGCCGAUCUGCAUGUCGCCCCCAACCGUGAGCGCGCCGCCGCCGCCGCCGCCGCCGCAGCCUCCUUGCUCCCGCCGGCUCCGUCGCCAAGCUUGCUUUGCAAGGAGGAAAGGGGCGCCGACGACGCGGUCCCCGUCACGCUCGCUGCGGGCCCCGGCGCCCCCAGGCCGUUGACGGCCGGACCGCCAGGUCAGCGACAGUAUCGUCCAUCGACCUUCGAGUCCACCUUCAAGGCCCUCCAGCCUCAGGGUCACCCUCAGCCUCGCACCCGAACGCUGGACCUCUUCGAGCCGGAUGCCCAAGGACCCGUGAUGCAUUUUGCAUUGGACGAGUCGGAUGGUCCCUCGGCCGAUCUCGAUGGGUCGUCGUCCCUGUCCACCAAUGUUGGCCGGGUGGCUCGACCCAACAGUCUUCUCGCAAAGCUCGUGGCAGAAUCCGAGCCGGAACUGGCGUCUCCGUACCCUCGGGCCUCCUUGUUUGGAAGGAAGGGGCCCGUGGCCGCUUGGAAUCGCUCCGCCGACGUUUCGUACACGUGCUGGCGGACCUCGUCCUACCUCUGCCGUGAGCGAAAUCGCCCGGCAACCCGUCGCCUGACGCCCGACGCUCUGGAGGCACGAAGGGAGAGGAUGGAUUCCUACUGGUACGCCGGAUCUGCUCUGAUGGCCAAGACGCAAGAGGAGGUCAUCGCCGAGUCCGCCUUUCGCCGGCUGCAGCAUUCGUACGGCGUCAUCGGCGAUGGACGCCCCGUCAGGAACACCAAGACUGAGUAUCGUCCCUUGACGAUGGAAGAAGCCACUCGUACGUCUGUGACUGACCAUGCGGAGCCGCUCCUGAACAUGGUAUUCGCAACCAUUGUGCGCCACGCCGAAGAGAAAGCAGUCAACAGCCCAUUCCGGCAGUUUGGAACCCCCCCGCCCGAAUCGUGCGAUGCAACACCCGUGGGCAACAGCUCCUUCUUUUCGUAG